AUGCCAUCAUCUUCAAGUGACAGCGAAGAUAGCCACGGGGAGUCCCGUGUGGACCAUGCAGAGGAGAUGGAAGGAGCAAGAGAGGAGGGGAAGCAGGAAGCCAAGGCUAAUGGUGACGUUGUCACAACUCAACCCUGCAGCAGUCAACUCAGAGACUGGCACGAUGGCCUCUGCUCCUGCCACAAGGACGUCGGGAACUGUUUUCUCGUCGCCUUCUGCCCCCUCUGCGCGGCGGCCUACGAGUUCCAUAAACAUAAUGAGAAUCCCAUCCUGGGUUUCUGCUUUCCUGGUCCAUUUAUGGCUCUGGUGUCUCAAUACCGCAUUAAGAAAGGCAUUUUGCUCUCCCAAAAUACAGCCUUCAAAAAAGUGGAUAAACAAAAGAGCAAAUUUAAAUUCUUUCAGGGGAGUCUGUGCACAGAUUGUCUGGCCACCUAUUUCUGUGGAUUCUGUGUGCUAUGUCGUCUCCACCGCGACUUCAAGCACGCAUCUGAUUAA